AUGUGCCCCUCCCUGCAACCCGAUUCAACAAAUGGCACGCUGCCCCUGCUGCACGACGCAUUUCUGCAGUUCUGCGCCCUGCACGCGAUUCAAGGCAUGGUGGACAUCCACAGCAAAAGGUGCGGCGAGCCAGACUGCAGCAAGUGGCCGUCGUACGGCUUGAUAGGCAGCAAGAAGGCGCUGUUCUGCGCCCCGCACGCCAGGGAAGGGAUGGUUCCGGUCAACGGCAAGAGGUGCGGCUACCCGGGCUGCGCCAAGCAGCCAUCCUUCGGCGUGGUUGGCAGCAAGAAGCGGGAGUUUUGUGCUCUGCACGCUACGGGCGACAUGGUCGACGUCCACACGAGGAGGUGCGGCCGCCCGGGGUGCUCCAAGCAUCCCUCCUUCGGAGUGGCCGGGGGCAAGAAGGCGGACUUCUGUUCCCUGCACGCUAUCGAUGGCAUGAUCAAUGUCAUCAGCAAGAGCUGCGCCUUCGCCGGCUGCUACAAGCAGGCGUCCUACGGCAUCGACGGCAGCAAGAAGCGGGAGUUCUGCGCGCGACAUGCUGCAGACGGCAUGGUCAACGUCAUCAGCAAGCGGUGCGCUCACCCCGGAUGCACCAAGUGGCCGUCCUACGGCGUGACUGGCGGCAUAAAGCGAGAGUUUUGUGCCCCGCAUGCUGAGCAGAGAGCACCCGGUACUUUCUUCGGCCAGCAGAAGCAGCAAAAGCAGCAGAAGCAGCAGAAACAAAAGAAACAGCAGCAGCAGCAGCAGCAGCAGCAGCAGCAGGCGCAACAGCAGCAGCUACUGCAGGAUCAGCAUUUCGGUCCUCGCGGCGGUACUCUCAGCAGCUAUGCCUACAAUCCAGCACCUCAGGUAGGGGUGGCAAGCGCUGGUAUCAACUACGCCUACAAUGCAGCACCACAAGCAGCGGCCAACACGGGCAACAACUACGACUACAAUGCGAUACAGCAGCCGGGAGUGGGUGGUGGCAGCACCACCACCAACAAUAACAACACCUACGCAUACAAUGCAGCUUUGCAGCAGGGAACGGGAGGUAUCAGCUGCACCACCACCAGCUAUGCCUAUAACCCCCUCUCACAGCACGGGGCCCUACAGCAUGGAGGCGUCGCACAGCAGGAGGUGGGAGGCGGAGGUGGCAGCAUGAAGCGAGAGCUACAGCGCGUCGGACCCAUUGGUCUGGAACAGGAGCUUCUCCACCCCUGGCCCCCUGUCACGGGACAACACCAGGCCAUCGGCGCCGGGGGGAUCACGGGAGGGGGGGUAGGAGCGCCAGGGAUAGGAGGGGUAGCAGACUUGCACGGCUCGCGCGAGGAUACGGAAGUAGUGCACUCCCUGACCGGGCUCCGGAAGAAAAGGAGGGGCUUGAACGGCGUCGCUAUCCCUGUCGGUAGUGGUUUGGCUGGCUUGCCCACUCCCCCCACCACUCCCUCGGGGAGCUCCACCGGCUACAUGUAGCUGCCUGCGCCCUGUGAAGGUGUGAAAGAGGAUGAAAACUUGAAUCACGCAGGAGUGUCGUGUAUCUCUGGAGCACCCAGGUGUUGUGUGUGCGUGUGUGCGUCUGUCUUCGUUGUGUCGCGAUGACACUCUCUCCUCUCUCUCUGACCAUCGCCGUAGGUAACGUUGCGAGUGCCACGUAGUUUGGUGAGAUUUCGAAGUCGGGAUAAGGAGAGAGGGGGUUGGAAAACCCUUCGCAUCGUCUCUCACAACGCGAGGCGAUUCCUCACUCCCGCAACGAUUGGAAUGUUCUUGAACAUAUUCGCGGUACUCCAUCGAGUCGUCUCCGAUGGGAGGCUUGCCGUUCAGCCCCCACCUACCACCCGUGGCACGGAAUAUUGUUGGGUUUACAUCGUUCACAGAGAAUGAGGUUGCGUUUGUUUUUUGGUGCGUUGUUCGACAAAGAAUCUUGCCGGAAACUUAAACACUUGGAACUGUAUUUUGCCCGGAACACUCACCCGCGUCAGGGUGAAAGCACAUGAGGUUUUCACCGACGUAUCACGUUUACGUCGAAACUGUAUGUUCGCAUUACGGCCAGAGUGAUCGCUGCUUUCGAGUAUUCUACCUUUUUGUUUUUCUCCCGUACAUGUCAUGAAUGGUUUCAAUGUGCUGUCGUGGUAGCUUGCGUGUUGGGUCAGUCUUCGUGCUUCGUCUUGAUGGCUGGGCCGGGUGAUGGGCAUGACGGCAGAAGAGUGGUUCUGCCUUGCUUGUGAGACACGUUUGAAAGAACACGUUAGAAUUUUUUUGGUCUUCACCGAAUUGCGCAGCCGAAAACAGCAUGGGCACCGGGGCGGCGGUGUACAGAACUUGGGCUUCCCGGCGCAGCGUUCAAGGUUACGGGGUAUGUUUUGGCUGUGGGAGUUGAAUGGUUGUAGAUACCUCGAAGCGGUGGUGACAUGGAUACAGCAGUAGAGGCGAAAGCGGAAAUAACAGCACGGC